UUUAAGAAACGCCUUCUAGAACUUAAAGCAAGGAGGGUUAAGGCGAUAGACUCAAAACGUCACAAGAACAAUACCUAUAACAAAGCUAUACACUUGUUUAAGGCGGUCAGAGAGGUAAUUCAGAGUCCUACUAUUCUGCCAGAAAGUUGCUACAAUAUAGACAAGACGGGAACAGGAGUUAUGCCUAGCAUGCUAGGCUCUAUCCAGAUCCUUGUAGGGAAAGACGAUAUACAACUCCAUAGAGGCGCAGGUGUUAAGCAGACAACGGUAACUGCUAUUAAGUGUGUCAGUGGUAACAGUAGGUCGUGUUAA